GUCGUCAGCCACAGGUGAAAAUAUUGAAGCAGUGAUAACGAGUAGGGAGGAACAAACCCAUGUUACCUCAACCUGAGGCUCUUUCUGCUUUUUGAAGUCAAGACAAACCUCAGACAUGUCAGCAAGACAUUUUGAUCAUCAAGGGAAUCGCAUCCCAUCAGGCCGUCAGCUCCCGAGGACGCCGCCUCACGUGGACGUAGUAAGACACUUGAAUUUCUGUGUUGAGGAUCAUGAAGACCAGGAGGAGCCACCGCAAAACAUGGCGGGAGGGAGCAGAGGGCAAAGUAACACUGACGAGAAGGGGAUGUUUGAUUUCAACACCCCUGAGACAAAAACAGAAAACACCCCAGAGCCCUCGUACCCUGACUCCAUGCUAAGAGGGAUGAAGGGGUAUCAGCCGCUUCCGGGCGACUUGGACUUCAUCAAAAAGAUGAAGGAAGAGAAACUAAUGGGAAAACUGCAGGAAGACCUGGGAGAGGUGCAGAGGUUAUUGAAGAAGGAAAAGAUGGCCCUGAAACUGGCGUGUGCUUCCAGGGAUGUAGCACAUGCUGAACUCAACAAAUUCCCGUCCUGUGACGAGCUCGCCGAGUGGGUGACGGUGGUCCUCCGGAUGACAUCGCCAUUGCUCGACUUAACAGACCUCGAUGCCAAGUCUCUCCUGGCCGCGGUAACGGAGAAAAACGUACGGAGAGCCACGGACGAGAAGAGAGUCGAACUCGCUCGUCUGGAGAAGAUGGUGGAGGACAAGAGAAAGGAAGAGUCUAAAGAGAAAGGACGGCUUGAAAAACGAAUUGCAUCCAAACAGCUGAAGAUUCAAGGGAUGAUGAACCAGUUAUCUGUCCUGAAGUGUGAACUUGCACAAGAAGAGAUGCAGAUCAAGAGCCGCAGAGAAAUCAAAGAGAAAGAAGCAGCGGAAACCACCUCUGAGGAACUACAAGGGAGCAAUCACAGACAGGAAAGAAACAAGAAAAAGUUGCAAGACAAAAAAAACCAAAGCAAACCGACAAGGAGCAAACGUACAGACAAUCAGGCCACUUUGAAAGAGGAUCGUGCAAGUAAGAACACAAACGAAACUCCAUCAGCAACCAAGCAGACAAGACAGAAGUCUGAAGACAAGUCCGUCAAAGCAGCCAAAGCUCCACAAAAGAAAGUCGGGGAGCAGGAGGAGCCUGUUCAAGCCGUGCGAGGGAGCAGAAAACCUACUGCUGCUACUCAUGCUGCUCCACCAUCCAAGAUUCAAAGUAAAGUGAAACCCGUGGAGGCCCAGUCCGCGUCGCAGCCGGCAGCUCCGUCACGCAGCAGAACGAAAGCUGCCGCGGCGCCGAGUGAUGCUGGGGAGAAGGCCCAAAACACUGGUCUGAGGAGAUCUAAGAGGAUAGCGAGCAGGAGCUAAAGGUCGUGAAAUUUCGCAACCGCGUAACUCAUCUUUUUUUAUUCUACCCCUUCAAGUCGACUUUUUAUUUGUCUAGCACUUUUUUUGACCGUAUACCCUACUUAGUAAAGUAGACUUCAGACCAAUAAUGUUAUUUUGUCCCAUAUUAAAGGCAUUGUAUGUAUUUGCAAUUUUUAGGAAGCUGUAGACUUUCCCACUGUGUAUAAUAAAGUAAUAGUAAGCAUA